UUCAGUUGUCAUUUGUCACAUUGAUCUUUGAGUUCAGGUAUUGUGCAGUGAAUAUUAUAUAAUUCUAAUUUUUAGGGUGUCCUAAAAAAACCAUAAAAAUGGCAUAUUUGCUUAAUCAGGGCAUUCGUAGAUUUAUGCAGACUUCUGCAAAAAGGGCAGCCCAAAUUGAAGGCCCCUCAGCCGUAUCUGGUCAACAUGAAGGUGGUUUCAAGAUUUGGAAAAACCUCACCAUUUUCGUAGCUUUCCCAUCAAUUAUACUGUGUGCAGUAAAUUGUUAUCUUUCUCACCAAAGCGGCCACCACGAACCCCCAGAGUUUCACAAGUAUGAUCACAUGAGAGUUCGCACUAAAAGAUUUCCAUGGGGCGACGGCAACAAAUCCUUGUUCCACAAUCCACACGUCAAUGCUUUACCCGAUGGGUAUGAACACCAUUAGAAGUUUCCCUAUAGAAAGUGUAUUAUUUAAAUAAAAGAUGUCUUUUUAAAAUAAAUGUAGUUAAACUAUUUUUGU